AUGAUUAAUUUGAUUGAAAAUGCACUUCAAGUUUUCAUUAGUUAUGAUGGUCUUUUGAUUUGAGAGUGCAAUCAAAAAUUCAGAAAAUUCAAUAUCACCACUAUGAUUAAGGUCUGANUCAUGGUUAUUUGAAUAUUAAAUCAUUUCAAAUAUGCGCGCAAACAGACAAAAUCAAAUUGAUAGAUAUUGAAAAGAUAUUGUCUAAACCAUAACAUUAAGAGGAAGAAACUCAAUAUUUCUCGCCUGAAGCAUGCAAUUAAGGCAAUGUAUAUACAAAACAAAGAGACUGCUGGGCAAUAGGAAUAAUUGGACUAGAAUUAUUUGCAGGUCAACACCUCUUUCAUGGAGACAGUAUUGAAUCAAUUUAGAAGGAUAUACUUUCUAAUCAUGAAAUAAUCAUAAAAACUGUAAUCAAUUAAAUGAAAGAUCUUCAAUAUUCAGAGUUGUUGAGAUUACUAUUGAAUUCCUAAUAAAAAAAUAGAAUAUCCUUAUAAGUUGCCUCAACACAUAUUUGCUUUUAGUCUCAAUAGGUCAUCAGUAAAAAGAGAAUUACUUAGCUUCUCAAGAAGGUAUUUUAAUUAAAAAAGAAAUCAUGUAUCUAUCAGUGUCUAGCUUUAUUUAUAAUUAAAAAUAUCAAUAUUAAUUUUAAUGAAGAUAGGGAAAAUUGUUUAUUUUAUGAAAUGGAUGCAUCAAACGACGGGAAAGUUAGUAAAAAUGAAUUAAUGGAGUUUAUGAAAAAGAAUAAAUUCACAGAGGAUGAAAUAAUAUGUUAAUUUAUAGAAAUUGAGAAAUAAAAUAAUGGAAUUUGUUUUGAUUAUAAUGAAUACAUUACAUCACUGUUUGAAACUUCUACAUGUUUAAUUGAAGAUUAACUAUAAGAUGCUUUUUCUCAAUUAACAUAUAGUAAUUAAGGAAUAACUCUUGGGAAAAUGAUAUCUCUUUUUCCUCAUCGUGAAAAUUAAUUAAAAGUAGAAUUUAAUGAAUUUUAAGAUAAAAUAGUAAACAAACAUAUUAAUAAUUUUAGAUUACUUAUCCUAUUUUUAAAUAAAUAAUGUGUCAAUGA